GAGGGGGGGGGGGGCUCUCGCGCUCACGUCACCUCUUUAACCUUCCUCCGUGGCUUCCCUUUUGACCGUGCAGCCCGGCCCACGCCGCGCCCACUGCCCGUGACUCUUUUCUUUGACGUGCGUGCGCGGAGAACAGACACCCAGUCGCAGCAAUGGCGAGGUUGAGCGAGCACGGGAUUCGCCUGAGUUCCAUGAGUCCUUCCUUCCUGAACAGCAACUCCACAAGUCACACCUGGCCCUUCAGCGCCGUGGCGGAGCUCAUAGACAAUGCAUCCGACCCCGGCGUAACCGCUAAACAGAUCUGGAUCGAUGUGGUUGAUGAGGACGGUCACCUGUGUCUCACCUUCACUGAUAAUGGCAGCGGCAUGACUCCCAACAAAUUGCACAAGAUGCUCAGCUUUGGUUUUACAGAAAAGGGUUCAGGUAAGGCCAGUCAGCAGGCCAUCGGUGUGUACGGGAACGGCUUCAAGUCCGGCUCAAUGCGCCUGGGCCGUGACGCGCUCAUCUUCACCAAGAAUGGCGGCUGCCAGAGUGUGGGAAUGCUCUCUCAGACCUACCUGCAGAACAUCAAGGCCCAGGCGGUCAUUGUGCCCAUUGUGCCCUUCAACCAACAAACCAAGUCCCUGGUGGUGACCGAGGACUCGGAGGCCAGCCUGGCAGCCAUCCUGCAGCACUCCCUCAUCACCUCCCAGGAGCAGAUACACUCCCACUUUGACUCCAUUCUAUCCAAAAAAGGCACAAAGAUAUUAAUCUGGAACAUCCGCAGGGCAAAAGAUGGCAAGCCAGAGGUGGACUUUGAGACGGACGUGAGUGACUUCCGCUUGCCCGAGAUUCACAACGAGGAGCUGAAGAAAUGUCUGAGGACGUUCGGCUCCCCGAGAGCCAAACACGACAUUCCCGACAUACACUACAGCCUCAAAGCCUACCUCAGCAUCUUGUAUCUGAAGCCCAGGACGCAGAUCAUACUGAGGGGGAAGAAGAUCCCGGUGAAGCUGGUGUCCAAGAGGCUGAAACACAUUGAGCAUGACGUGUACAAACCCCACUUUAGUAAAGAGAAGGUGAAGGUGACCUUUGGGCUGAACCCGAAAAACAAAGACCACUACGGCAUCAUGAUGUACCACAGGAACCGACUCAUCAAAGCCUACGAGAAAGUGGGCUGCCAGCUGAAGGCUUCGGGUCAGAGGGCGGGCGUCGGGGUCAUCGGUAUCAUCGAGUGUAACUUCCUCAAACCUGCCCACAACAAGCAGGACUUUGAAUACACCAAAGAAUACAGACUUACCCUCGGUGCUUUGGGCCUUAAGCUGAACGACUACUGGAGAGAGGUGGAAGAUAAGAAGGCCCGGGAGCGCGAGUUCCAGGCUGUGGAAAGAGAUGAAAAUGAGGACCAGCCGGACGCUGAAGAGGGUCCCAUGUGGUUACAGUGUGAAGACUGCCUGCAGUGGCGAAAGGUCCCGGCCAAUUAUUACAAUGUGGCUCCUGAAAACUGGAACUGCAGCCAGAAUCCCAAUCUAGAUUACAGAAGCUGCUCUUUGCCAGAGGAAGCAGAAGACAGCGACGAGCUGUUGACACCCAGCUACCACAAAAAACACAAGAAACAAGAGCAUCCCAAAAGCAGAAAACGAGAAAAAUCCUUGGAGGUGCGGGACUUCCAGGACCAAACGCCCAAACAUCAAAUCCUCUCACGCAGUUCAUCGGAGCCGAGCUGGCUCACCUUCAGGGCGGGUCGGUGCCACGGAGAGGAGGACGACCUCGAGCCGGAUCACCUGACUGACGCACUCGCUCAUGACAGUGCACAGACACAAAGUACAGUCACGACUCCGGACGCACACGUACAACGCCAUCACACGGGAAGAGGCACGGUCAUUGAAGGCAACACACGAGUCCCACGCGCGGAGGAUGAGACCCUCGAUGACGGGAGUGAAGAUAAAGAGAGCGACCCGAGUGUGGAGCGGGUCGAAGGAGAGGAGGAGAACGUGUACGUGAGCCAAAAGAGGAAAAUGGGAUCUUUAGUUCACAGUGAGAACAAGAGGCCGUGUCUUCAGGAGGAGCAGCCUCACUCGGAAAAUAUGGCCGAAAAGAUGAAUCUGCAGAAACCAACAAACACACCCGAGGCGGUGCUCUCGGAGAAGACCAAGCCUGGCGAUGGCGGCCAAGGGGAGAAACCAGGUGAUGCAGCCCAGCGAGCCCCCAGCAGUCUCACCCGGACCCACUGCCUCCCCUCCACCCAGACUGUGAUGGUAUCCCCUCUGAGUCGAACCGAGGGGCCUCGGAGCAGGCCGCUGCCCCCCGACGGGAGCGGGCGCGAGGCUAGUGUGCAGAAGCUGGCCGGCCUGGAGAAAGAGGCCCUGCGGCUGCGGAGGCUUCUCGCUCUGGAAGCCACAGGCACCGCAGCCGACGGCGGCACCGAAAAGCCCCCCGCGGGGCCCCCCGAGACCCGUGCGGCAUCCACGGCCAGCAGAGAGGUCGGCUGCCAGACCGACGUGGCUGAGAGUUCGAGUUCAUCCAGCUGGCCCGGCCCGGCUGCACGUCCGGGCGUGGUGGUCCUGAGUCCGAGAGCUCUGUGCGGCUCGAUAGGGCCGACCGAGCACAGCGCGUCCAAGAAGGAGAAGGCAGAAGGUUAUAGCAGGAUGAUCGCCGGGGACAACGAGGCCUGUGAAAGCAGCAGAUCCUCGCAGGAAGACCUGCACAGCAUCCGUAACAAUGUGGUGGUGCUUCUCACGGCCCUCUUGCCUCAACUGGACCUGGCUGGCAUCAGCAUGGAGACCACCGACGUGGACAACAUCCUGCAGCAGAUCAUAGAGGUCAACUCCCUGAAGCUGUGAACUGUGCUGUUUUGACAUGAAGGUUUAUAUGUAUUUUGAUCAAAGUUUGGAUCGGAAUGUGUUGUCUUUGUUUUCAGAGGACAAACAUUGUCUAUUAAGCUUUUUUUUUGCUUGCACACAUAUUGUCAGUUCAUUUUGCAUCUUUUUCAUGUGGUUGUUUAUUUCCAGACAUAUUUUUGUGAGCAUUUCCGUCCCAAUGUGACAUUAGUUUUACAUUUUCUGUUUCUUAAAAGUGUGAUGAAUUGCUAUUUUUUUGUUCUGCUUCCGUUUUUACCAACUAUUUAAAGAGUGUUCUAUGCAUUUGGUCACCACUGAGGAAUGCUCGUUUCUAGAUCUAAUCUAGAUCUAUAAAUGAGACUUUUCAGAUUUUAAUUAAAAUACUGAAACC